UUAAUAUAGCAGUGUAGCUUAAGCCUUCAAAGAGUUUAGAUCACUCUCUACCAUAAUAUUCUAAUUCCAAAAAAGUUAUAAAAUAAAAAAUAGAAAAACCAUGUUUCUACUAAAAUUAGCACUUUCACUUUUAUGUGCAACCACCUACACAUCAACAACAACUGCCGCCAACUCCAUCUAUUCAACCUGCACCAGAGAUAUUUGUAAUUGUCUGCCAGGCACCCACGAGGCAACCCUCGCUCCAGGUCUCAAAUACUGCGCCACAGAUAGCACCGAAAAAUGCAUGGAAUUCGCCGUACGACUUUCGCCCACUGUUUGUGAAUGCAAAAGAGGCUAUAAGUUCAAUGUCGACCGAACAAAGUGUUUUCCGAUGAAUAACCGCAGUGAUGACUUCGUUGACAGAUUCAGAGAUGAGCUAUCGAGUACGGCAACUACGAGCUUUGUGGACGUUGAUAAAACCACGACAGAAUAUGAGAAUAACGCGGGCAACACUACAACAAGUGAUGGGAAUAACUCGAACGAAGUGCCAACAGAGGACCCCUUAAGCUUAGCGACGAAACCAGAGUUGGACAACAGCAAAUCUUUUUAUAUAUGGAUCGGAGUGGCGUUAACGGGCACUGCUCUUUUAGUAUUUCUAGCAUCUUUGUAUUAUAUUUCGAAAAGGAAAUGAGUUCACUCUGCUUGAAGAAAGCGAACUCAAAUGAAAUUAAUUUCGGUUUCAUAUAUUUGCCAACUUCCUUAAAUCGAUGAGUUGCAAAAGUUUGCUAAUUAAAAGUCUUUUUUAAUUUUUAUUUAAUAUGUUUCAAAUAGCUGAAAAAAUGAAUCUGCUGAUUUUGUUAAAUUUGAACUGGUUUGUGAAAUAAAUGAAAACCUUCCGCGUAUCCAAUGAACGAAGAUAUGCAAGGCAUUCUGCUUAAGCGAAGACACUGUA